AUAAAUAAAACUCCUAGAGUGACUCUGACGUUGAUUAUUCUAGCGCACGCGUCUGGACUUGCAACAAUACAACAAUUAGUCUUCUACUAUUUUUUUUAAACGUAGAGGCACCUCUGCAUACACCGGAUACACGUUUCCUUGGCUAGACUCGCUGUUCAGAAGAGAGCCGGAUCUCCACAAGCUCGCCAACACCACAACCACAAUGUCUACCUUUGGUACGCACUUCAGGGUCACCACCUAUGGUGAAUCCCACUGUCUUUCCGUCGGUGCCAUAAUCGAUGGUUGCCCGCCUGGCAUGGCCCUCACUGAGGACGACAUCCAACCCCAGAUGACGCGCCGUCGACCCGGCCAGUCCGCUAUCACAACACCCCGCAAUGAGAAGGACCGUGUAGAGAUUCAGUCCGGUACAGAGUUUGGCAUCACAUUAGGCACCCCAAUUGGCGUCCGGGUCAUGAACGAGAACCAGCGCAAGCAAGAUUACGGCAAUCAGACCAUGGACAAGUACCCGCGACCCAGCCAUGCCGACUGGACAUACUUGGAAAAGUACGGUGUGAAGGCUAGCUCAGGUGGUGGACGCAGUAGUGCACGAGAGACGAUUGGAAGAGUAGCAGCUGGCGCCAUAGCAGAGAAGUACCUGCGCGAAGCCUACGGUAUCGAGAUCAUCGCCUUCACCAACUCCAUCGGAAACGAGUUCCUCUUCCCCCCCACACCCGAACACCCCACCGCAUCCACGAACCCAGAGUACCUCAAGCUCAUCGACUCAAUUACACGCAACAAGGUAGACGAGUUUUUGCCUGUGCGAUGCCCGAGCGAAGAAGUCACAAAGCGUAUGGAGGACUUGAUCGCCAAGUACCGCGAUGCGCAGGACAGCAUAGGUGGCACAGUGACUUGCGUCAUAAGAGGCUGCCCAACAGGCUUGGGAGAACCAUGCUUUGACAAGCUGGAAGCCAAGUUGGGACAUGCCAUGCUGUCGAUACCGGCGACCAAGGGGUUUGAGAUCGGCUCUGGCUUCGGAGGCGCACAAGUGCCUGGUUCAAUUCACAAUGAUGCCUUUGUCAAGGCUCCUGCUGUUCCGGCUGGCGAGAACCCUGAUGCAAGCAAAUAUCGUUCGAAACCAAAGCUCACUACCAAGACGAAUAAUUCAGGCGGUAUUCAAGGCGGUAUCACGAACGGCGCGCCCAUCUACUUCAACGUAGCGUUCAAGCCCGCAGCAACUAUUGGGCAGGCACAGUCGACAGUCACCUACGACCAGGAAGAAGGUGUUUUAGAAGCCAAGGGCAGACACGAUCCUUGUGUAGUGCCUCGUGCAGUGCCCAUCGUUGAGAUGAUGGCUGCAUUGGUCAUUAUGGAUGCUGUACUGGCUCAGCAGGCGAGACAGGGCGCAAGAAGUCUGCUGCCGCCACUGAAGGGUGUUCUGCCCGUCAAUGGUGCAUGAAUAGACUGAACGGCACUGGUCGGGUAUAAUGGGAGUUAAGGUGUCAGAGGCUGCGAGUUUUCCAACAUUAUUACCCCCAAGACAGAAAAAGUUAUCAGACUUGAUGUACAGAAAGACACGUCACUGCUCAACAACUCAAGACCCAUGGAUAAGCUUGGGAAAUCGCUCUAACAUGCUCUUUUUCUUUCAAUUCGAACCAUGAGAACUCGAGCCAGAGACUCCCAUUCAAAUCGAAAGGUAAUUCACCUCGAACAGAUCUGGCCACACCAUUCGGCCGAACUGACAAAUGUGACGAAGAGACGACAGUUUCACAUGCGAACAGGCUACGCGGCAAGGUUGGUGGUCGCAUCUGGACCUUUGGUGCAUGGCAAGUGGUCGGUAUGUUGAAGAGUGGUAUUGUAGAGUAGUCGAGACAAUUCCGGUAUAAUGGUAAAGGCACC